UUAUCAGUUUCAUAUUACCUAUAUUUAUAUAUGGUUUUUGAACAUUUACCGAACAAUUAUAAUUAAUCAGGAAUGCGAUUCUAGUAAAUAAUUAAAACUAAUCAGGCACGAAAUCUUUCCGACUCAUAAACAAUGUGUCAAACGGAAUGUUGAUAACGCAAUGUUUAAACACAUCAAUGGGUAUCAACACGUUCUCUACCAUGAGGAUUCCUCUGUUUCUUUGUGAAAGUGGACGUACCCCUUGAAAGUGUGUUCAACUAUAAGACUGCUACAAUUAUAACAGAAAAGAUGAGCUUGUCCAAGCGUUGAUUUUUAUGCACCAUAGCACACACGCUAGCAUUCAGUCGCAGCAUCUGAAAACUAUCUAAGCAACGAUCAUUCAUACUUCGUCUUAGGGAGAGAUAAUAGUACUAAAUAGUAUAGUAUUCAUUAUUUUUCCAGAACACUCUUUUACAGCGGAACAUUAAAUAUAGAGACGAAAGUAUUUUAAAAUCAUUAAAAAAAUGUUACUGCAAUAAUAUAUUUUUAAAAGGGUGAAUGAUCUACAUAGUUUGUAUCUCCCUCUUUAGUCUGCCAACACACUAAUUCCCAAACAGCAAGCAAAUAAUUUGGAUGAAAAACCAUUGCUAGUAGUCUUUAGUUGUCUGCAGUAAAAAGUAUUCGUACAAAAUGUUGGGGAAAGUGAAAAAUCGAAUUAUUGUCAUUUACAUGACAAUAGGAUUGUUCUAUAUACUGGUCAAUAUUAAAGCAUCUUCUACCUACAUGAGACCAAAACGACAGAUGUGGUCCAUGGAUCAUCCAGGAAUUGUUUUAUAUAGACAACAUCCAAAUGCUAUGAGAAAGUUUUAUUGGUACAACAAUAGGACUCCUAUUUUGGUUGGAAAAAUGCGCUUGAAAAACUAUAUGCGUAGUAUGCAGAUGUUACCAAGAUAUGUACACUCACAUGUUCCAUAUCACGAAGCUUAUGCCAAUUCAAAAAGAAGCGUCUUCAGGGACUUGAACAACGUUCAUGGUUUUAAAACCACUGCCAAACCUUCUACUACCACAGUGGACUACGUUGCGGCUCCUGUUAACCCAAUUGAGUAUACUUCGGGUCCCGUACACCCACCAGUGGAUUUUAAUAUAGCUCCCGUUAACGCUUUCGUACCCCUUGCUGCGGGAACAGUUUCAAAGGCAGAACGUUUGAUGGGCGUUACGAAUCAGUGGAAUCAUUCUGACUACUCCAAUGAAAGCUGGACAAAUUGCGCAGAGAACUGCUUUAAAAACUCGUUCCAGGACUAUCCAAAAGACCAAUAUAGCUCCCACAGUAUGCCCAGUGAACAACCAGUAACUACGACAACUACUUUGCCUUUUUUUAAUUAUGUUGCUCAUACCUACUUUACACUUGACGAUGUAAUUCUACCUCAUUCUGCAUCAAAAUUGGCUAAAUCUCCAAUAGAGGACCAACAGUUUCGCCCAAGUCACGCAGAAUUUACAACAGAAAGUCCUCAAGAGCUCUUUACAGAACGAUUACAGCGCACAACACAGCCAAUUUCAACUAGCACUACGACAACUACUGAAUUUAUACCAGCGAAAACAACUUUUUUUGAUUUCGAAUAUAGCACCAGACCGAGUUGGUUUAGUUCGACAACCUCGACCACAACCUCGACCACAACAACAACCGAAUCUACAUCUACGGUUCCUCAAAAUCUUCAAAUUUGGACCACACCACAACCAACACAAAAUAGCUUUCCUACAGUGAAAGUUACAGCACAAUCCUACAAGCAUAGACUAAAAUCCAUGAAAGCCACCAAAAACUUUUCUUCAAAUAUUGAAACUAAAUUGAAAUUGUUGAAGCUUCAUCUGAAAAAUUUAGUUACGACCAAAGAAACGCCAAAGAAUUUACAAAAUCUAACCACAUCAGCUGUUUUCGAAAGUAAUACUACAUUACCGGAUACGAUUUCUAGUACACACACACCCACAACAAGAAGAACAAAUGUGAACAGAAAAUUGAGAAAACUUCGAGUUUUGGCAUCGACUAAAAAAGUUCCGGCUCAAAUAUCUAGGAAUUCCACAAAUUCCAAUAAAUCCAAAGUGGAUUAUAAAAAGUCAAAACGAAUUUAUCAACGGCGCAAACACUUUAAUUCCACUGUAGCACCAGAACCAACAAAAAACGCAACAAUCGAUAAGGAAAUCGAAUCGAUAAAAAAGUUUAAGCGCCGAACAACAGCAAGCACGCCAAAAUCGAUAAUUGUCGAUGAAAAUAUAAUCGUUCGAAAUUCGACGAAAGCUAUUCGACACACUGUUGCAAAAUCUCGCUCCGACGGAGUACCAGAAGAAAAACCGCAACUAGUGACAGAAUCGGCUAUUAUGACUAUUUCUAGCGGGACACUAAGAAUGAGGCAGCCAGUAAUUAAAUUAAAGUCGAAGCAGCACAGCACCAGAAAAAUAAAACAUUUAGAGAACGACAACUUCAUACCAUCCCUUCCUAUCGAGGUAUAUUUUAAAAAAGUAAAUCAGCAGUAAACAACGAUAGUCUGAAAGUCAUGCAUAUAACUUGUGAAAAUUAACAGGGGAAUAUUAAAUAUUAUUUAUACUUACAGAGACAUUAUUAAGCACCAAUAAAA